AAGAAAAUAAAAAUAAACCGAGGGAAGGACGCGUUUCCUCGUGAAUAUUUUCAAACAAUCCUCUCAUUAGUAGUUUCAUGUGAAUAUUUUAGUUGGAAAACUGUAAUAAAAUGGACAUUGACAGUUUUUUUCUUCAGAAGCUUCUCUUUGAUAAUAAGUAGUAAUCUCAAUUCAGCACACAGUUUUUGAAGCGUUCGCAAAUUGACUCACCAAUAAUUCCUCCCUCCAUAUUUGGCGCCACUGUAAUUGAACCAUACAGAACAAACAUCUCUCUUCUUCUUCCUUCUAAACAAAGCUACUCUUUCAUAUAGAUCGUCCUGGCAUGAAACACAAUUCAUACAAAGACAUUACGGUUCUUGUGGAAACAAAAAUGAUUCGUUGAGACAGAAAAAAAUUAUCAAAUUUAAGUACCCGCACCAUGGAAGAAUCGACAAGUAGAACAAACUCUAUGAGGAAGAACAAGGGUGUGCGUGGUCCGGUGCCCUUGUUACUCAUCAUCUGUGGCACUCUAGUUUACUACCACUGUGUAUAUCGGAAUACCAGUAUUAUCUCUCUUGUUUCUGAUGUUUUUAUUGUGAUCCUUUGUUCGCUUGCUAUAUUCGGGAUUCUCUUUCGCCAGAUGAACAUUUCUGUUCCUGUGGAUCCGUUAGACUUGCAGAUCUCACAGGAUACAGCAAACUUCGUCCUUGCUUGCCUUGCUAAUACUGUUGGUGCUGCUGAGUCUGUUAUACGGGUUUCUGCUACUGGACAUGAUAAGCGAUUGUUUGUUAAGGUUGUGGUUAGUCUUUAUGUGCUAUCAGUUUUGGGAAGGAUAGCAUCAGGUGUUACCAUUGCCUAUGCCGGACUCUGCUUUCUUUGCCUGUACAUGUUUGUUGAGAAUUCUCAACUGAUCAGCACAUGUUUGUCGAGUCAUCCAAGGAGAAGGGACUCAACAGAAGCAGUUCAGAGCGACUAGGGUGUUUUGCUCCCUGCUGAGCUUAUGAAUUUCCUAGAUUGUAUGUAGAUAGACUAAAAGAGGUAAUGAAGAAUAGAAGUUAUUGGAAAAAAGAAAAAAUGAAGAUAAUGUAAUUGGUCCACAUGUCACAUAUGUUCGAGUUUUGCUUCUCUAUAGCAAGAUGCGAUUUCUUGA